CGCGCUUAAGGGGGGAGUGAGAGAGAUGUUUUAUUGUGUUUCAUUUUGAUUUACGAACGACCUCAGGAUUAUGUUAGUAUUACUUUUUAGUCUGUAAUUAGCGCUGUUGAAUAUGACUUGCUUUGAUAUAAAAAAUUACAUAGGAACUAGCAGGUCCUGAUAUAUAAACACCGACAUUGAUGAUAGCUAAUGCUAACUGUGGUAAGCUGAAUGACCAGAGAUUUAUGCAAAUAACAAGAAGUUAUUUUAAUCGUUUCAGGGAGAGAGAGAGAAAGAGAGAGAGAGUGUACUAACUCUUUUCUUAAAAUCCAUGUUGUCUCUUGUCUUUAGUGAUCUUGCUAUAGAAGUGAAAGAUUGAGGAUUAAAAGUCUAAUCUAGGUAAAUAACCAGCUGCCAGAUUAGCAGAGUUAGAUAUUUAAGUGUGAACACUACACUGCCUAAUACUGACCUGGACUAUGGCGGGUGAUAUGAAGCACAUCCCUGAGCUGGAACAGGAGAAAUAUGACGCAGAUGAACAGGUGAAGAUUAUCUGCCUCGGGGACAGUGCAGUGGGCAAAUCCAAGCUAAUGGAAAGAUUUCUUAUGGAUGGAUAUCGACCUCAGCAGCUGUCCACCUACGCCCUGACGUUAUACAAAUACACUACCACUAUCAAUGGCAAGCCUGUGCUGGUCGAUUUCUGGGACACUGCUGGUCAAGAGCGGUUUCAGAGCAUGCACCCGUCUUAUUACCACAAAGCACACGCAUGUAUAAUGGUUUUUGAUGUCCAGAGGAAAAUAACGUACAAGAAUCUUUCCAACUGGUAUAAAGAGCUGAGAGAAUACAGACCUGAAAUUCCCUGUCUGGUGGUGGCUAAUAAAAUAGAUGCUGACAUGAGAGUAACACAGAAGAGCUUUAACUUUGCGAAGAAGCAAGGACUGCCGUUCUACUUUGUAUCUGCUGCUGAUGGAACAAACGUUGUCAAGGUUUUUAAAGAUGCUAUAAACAUGGCUUUGUCUUACAAGAAGAACUCCAGUGACUUUAUGGAUGUGGUUAUGAGAGAACUUGAGAACUUUGAUUUAGAGGACAAAGAAGAGUCAGCUGACGAAGAAGGAGAUGAAGACGAGGGAAAAGCAGACUGACGCUCUCGGCGUGUGGUGGGAGCCGAAGGGUUUGUCUCGGCAUCAUUUAGUGCUGCUAAAAUCACGGCUGCUCACCAACUGUCCUGCAGAGAUCACGAGCCGUUUAUAACAAAAAAUGAAACCAAAUGGGGACAGACUCUACCUCAUGUGUUGGAUCCCUCGCUGCGUCCUGCUACACUGAAUACUGCAUCAUGUUUUUGUGGUUUAGAUGGUUUUAGAAACUUACUAGAAAUGCUUGCUAUUCAAGUAAAUUGCAGGCAUUAUAUGUACAGUGGUGUGUGGGAAGUGUGUAAGUUUGUAACAGCCAUGUGUGUGUAAAUAGGAAUCAGUGAGAGAACCUGCUAUUUGAUAUAAUUUUUUUUCCUCAUCAGUGACAUCACAGUGGAAAGUCUUGAUAACAAUAUUGACACUUUGCAUUAUUUUGGUAGUAUUUAUAUUGUGGAAAUUUAUAUUAAAUGUCAUUUAAUAUUAAAAUCAUUUUUUCAGGGGUACCUGAUCAUUUAGAUCCAGCAUUAAAAGGAUGUGUAAAUAGCGCAUCGUUUUGCACAAACUGUGAAAAGAAGUAGAAAUCUUCUGUCUGGUGUGACAUUUAAUUAAGAAGGAACAAUAUUUAUGCUGUGUGUGUGUGUGUGUGUGUGUGUGUGCGUAAAUGGAACUGGAAAUGCACUCAUCUUGUGGCAGUGUAUUAACACAUCCUUCAGUGUUCAUUUAAGAGCAUUUUGGUAUGCGCUGCAAUUAAACAGCUUUUAUUUCGCUCUUGGGUACGCUGUGGGCCGGAUGUGACAGUUUAAUCAGUACUGUUCAUAUGGUCAGACUGCAUAAUCAGAGGUAAUGUGGCAAACCCAGUUUAGAGUGAGAUUGCUUGUUAGUUUGUCUUACAGUGCUGCAGUGUCAUAUAGUGCUUGUUUCUUAAUUUAGAGUCCAGGAUAAUCUAAAGACUAAAGACUUAUUGCCUGGAGUCGAUACACACACGCGCACACACACGCUAAAAAUAAAUUCUCAAGUGCUCAAAGGGAAAAAAAAAAAAGAUACCCAGUGCAUUUCU